CGCGUUGGUCAAUUGCGCAAUAAACUGUUUCAUGCAAGUCACUGUAAAUUUCGUUAUAAAACGAACCUUAGAACCCGAUAUUUUGGAAAAAAAUUUUGACCUAAAUUUUAGAAGAUCCAAAUAAUCAUCAAUGCACGAAUUGACUCUAUUGGCUGAGAAAUCGAAGAACGUUCACAUUAUUGAAAUAGAUUUAGCCAAUACAAAAGAUUACGAUAAAAUAAUAAAAGUCGUGGCCGAAAAGGUAGGCAAUGCAGGAUUAAAUGUUCUAUUUAACAAUGCCGGAAUCAGUUCAAAAUUUACAAGGCUUGGUCUUGUAAAAGAGAAACAGCUUACAGAAGCAUUUUUUGUAAAUACUGUAGCACCAAUUUUAUUAACAAAGGCAAUUUUACCAUUAUUGAAAAUAUCAUCCAAUAACUUUGCAGACAAAUCAAAAAUGAAUGUUAAUAGAGCUGCGGUUAUUAACAUGUCUUCAAUUCUUGGAAGUAUUGCUGACAAUAAUGAAGGUGGAUAUUACCCUUAUAGAUGUAGCAAGGCAGCUCUCAAUGCAGCUACAAAGUCAAUGAGCAUUGAUUUAAAAGGGGAUGGAAUCCUUGUUACUUGUUUACAUCCUGGCUGGGUGCGUACAGAUAUGGGAGGAACCAAUGCACCCAUGGAUGUUAAUACUAGUGUUACUAAUAUCUUGAAUAUAUUGAAUUUAUUAAAUGAAGAACAUACAGGUUGUUUUAUUCAACAUGAUGGAAAAAUUUUAUCUUGGUAAAUAAAAGUGUUAUAUAGGGUUUACAAUUUCCUUAAUCAUUUACAUUUGAUACAAUUUUUCAAUGAUCGUUUUUAUUGCUUUACUUAUUCAAUUUUACAUUUGAAAUAAAAAAUAAUCACACAGAUACCAUUCUUUUUUUAUUAAAAUAUAUAAAUUAUUAUAAUAUGUUUAAAUAUAUCACAUGUUUAAAAUCUUAAAACAACUGAAUAGAACAAUUUAUAAACAAUUUAUAUCUUACAUAAUAAAGUGUUGAAUAUUAUAUUUAUUAUAACAGAUAGCAUUAAUUGAAAGUAUACUCAACUUAUAAUUUAAAUUACUGUAAAGAUUUUGAGAUUUGUACACAUUAAAAGCAAAAAUUUAGUAUCAUAGCCAAAUAUUUUUCUGUACAUAAUUCAUAAUAUACAGAUAUUAUUAAAAUUACAGAUAAGAAUCCAUAUAAAAAUGUAGUUAUACAAAAAUUAUAAUAAUUAGCUAUAUAAUAAAAUGUUAUUAAUUUAAUUCUUUUUAAUGCAUACAGGUUUCUAAACAUUUGUAUUUGAACAAAUGAAAAUGAUUAAGUAAUAAUUUUAUCAAAGCAUUUUUAUGCUUUCCUGAAAACUUAUGUAAAUAUAAAUUCAAAUGUCCACAAUUGUAUUAAUUUAUUUGUAAGUGUCAAAGCGUAUUUUGUACAUUUCAUGGUGCUAUAACAUAAUGUCAAGGAAUGUAAAUUCUAGAAUAUAAAACUGCAAAGAAAUGAUACUUGAAAUAUGUACAAUGAUACUCAAUUAUCGAGCAAUUAUUGAAUAUAUGAUUAUACUUAGACACAUAAAUACCUUGAAGAUAAUUGUAACGUUAUACAUUUGUAUUUUGGAGAUAUUAUUUUACAGCAAAAACAAAUAUAUCAUUAUCUAUUUUACAUUUCCAAAAUUAUAAUAUAUCAAUGUUUGACAAUCAGUUAUUUGAGAUGUUACAUUGAAAUGAAGGAAAAUCUUAUAUGUAUCUCAUUAAUUAAAUAAUACUGUAAUAAUAUGAAUAUUGUCUAAAAUGUACAAUCCGUUUUGAAAAAUAAUUUUAUACUACACUUUUAAAUUUCCUUCAAAACAGAUCUUAAAAGGAACUGAACAUUUAAUGCAAAUGUUCAAAUAAAACGUCAUUAACAUUAGCUUCUAAAUUAAGUCGAGUUGUUAUACAACAAAUUCAUGUAUAAAAAAAUAAACUCAUUACAUUUAACUUA